AUGGCUUCACCGGAAGCAGGGUCGACUUUCGCGGCAGCAACGGCAUUAAAAUGCCUCUCUUCACACGAGUACGAGGCGAAUUUUGUUGAUGACUGGUGCAUUGGAUCUGUUCCCCACGGAGGUUAUGCGACUGCAACCUUCAUGCAAGUUGCCUCAAAGCACUUCAGCAGCACUCUCUCUGCCCAAAACCAACCUCACACCAUAGCGGUACAUUUAGACUUCCUUCGCCGAACCUCAGCUGGUCCAGCACUGUUCACAGUUAAGGACACCAAACUGGGUCGUCAAGCCUCUGUCAUUCAUGUGACGCUCUCUCAGGAAGGCCGGGAAGAAGUCAUAGGCUCUUUGACUCAAGGAAACAUUUCAGCAGAGGAAGGGGUCUCUUUCGACACGACUUAUUCCUUAGACCCCGCACCUUUGCCAGUUAAUUUGUCUCACCUUGCUAAAGACCAAGAUGAGAAUUGGGCAAGAGCACGUGAGAUGCCGUUUGCAUCAUUCAGAAAAGCGACACAGAAGACAAUGUUUCAUUUUCCACGAGAACGACAACGAAAGAGAUCACAAGCAGAUGAAUGGGUGAGGCUGGUCUCUGGGGAGAAAUGGACAGAUGCAUCUAUUGGAUAUCUAGCGGAUAUGUGGCAGAAUCCCUACGAUGUCAAAAACAUGGAGAAAACCGCUGGAGAGAAGGGACCAGCAAAAUUUUGGUACCCUACACUAUUAUUGAAUCUAGACAUAAAGAAAUCCCUCUCAGAGAAGCCCUGCGAAUGGCUAUUCGUUAGAGUAAACAGCAAGCGUAUCCAGAAUGGCAGGAUGGACUUAGAGGUAGUGAUCAUGGACGAAGAAGGAGAUAUCAUAGCUUUAAGCCAUCACAUCGCAUUUGCCCUUCCAGCAGCAAGGAAUCUCGCUGCCCGGAGAACGGGAGCAAGUAAGAUCUAG